AUGUCGCCACUCAAAGUUUCACUGUGGAUUCCACUCCUAGGCGUGCUUGCAGCACAGCCAGGUGACAUCUUUAUCCGCCAGUUGACCCACGAGCUGUGCAUCAGAACCCACAUUUACUAUGGCCUCUCGGGGGAGAACUUUGAGGGAUUACCCAUUCGGAGCAAUCAACCAAAGAUGCUGCUGCAGGGAAACAACACCAGCGAGCAGCUAAAGACACAUCACGAUGCUCCAGUGCUCAUCAUAACUCCACUGGCCAGCGAUUUGGAUGUCAACUUGGCAGCUGUGAGGGUGCUCCAAAUGUAUCUCAAGGAUAGGCAGUUGACUGACAUAUUGCUAAUGGAUGUGGAUGUGGACGGGGAUACCCAGAGCAAAGUCAGCUAUGAAGACAUUUUCAAAGUCUUUUGGGAUGCAGGAUUUCCCCAUGUUCUUCUUUUCUCCGGUGAGGAUCAACUCUGGUCAAUGAAACCCUUUCCACGGCUCAAACUGACCCGCACAACUCUGCAGGACUAUCUGUCCGAGCGAAACAGCAAGGAUCUGAUGGGUGUUCCUCUGCGGGUCCUCGUCACCAAUGAUCCACCGCAUUCGUUUGUGAACGAAGCAAAGUCCGUGGCAUCCGCAGGCCGCUACCAGGGCAGCAUCAUCAACAUCUUCAAGCUGUUUGCCACACACUUGAAUGCCACCUUCGAGGCGGUGCCGUUUCCCGGACUGAGACGCUACCGCACGGCCGAGUGCCUCAGUCUGGUGAUGUCCAAUGAGGCGGACGCCUGUGGCAGCAUUUUUUUGAUGACCUUCCGCUACCCCACCAGCCAGCCGGUGCGUCUGAAUCGCGUGGCCAUCAUGGCGCCCUUUGGCAAUCCCAUCGCGAAGUUCCACUACUUCUUUCGACCCUUCGACCCCUACGUCUGGCUGUGGACGGGCCUCAGUGUGGCCUACAUCGCACUGCUGGGGGCACUGCUCCAUCGUUGGCGCUUUGGCCGCUGGGAUGUGGGCCAGUACCUCCUGCUGGCCGUCCAGAGUUUGCUGACCCGCAGCCUCACACUGCCGCAGUGCUCGGGUGGCAUUCGGCUGCUGCUGCUGCUCCUGCUCUUCGCCACGGGCUUCGUCCUGUCCAGCCUGUACGUCGCCCAGCUAUCGAUGAUGCUCACCACGAAGCUCUACCAGCGGCCCAUCGACUCCGUGGCGGACCUGAGGGCCGCCAAUGUCAGCAUCCUGCUGCAGCAGCACAACGUCAGGCCGAAUUCCGUGUACGGCAGCACCGAGGAGCUGCGCGAACGCUUCCUCCUGGUGGAGGAGCCGCUCCACAAGCAGCGACGCGAUGGCCUGGAUCCCCGCUUUGCCUACGUGGACUCCGAGGACCGCAUGGACUUCUAUCUCUACCAGCAGAAGUUCCUGCGGCGGCCACGCAUGAAGAAGCUCUUCGAUCCCGUGGGCUACACCUGGGCCGUGCAGGUAAUCCGCCAGAACUGGCCCCUGGAGCGGCUGUACAACGAGCAUCUGCAGCGGCUCUUCGAGACGGGGCUGCAGGAGAAGCUCGUGGCCGAUGUCCACGAGCUGGCGGUGCGCGCUGGCUUCCUGAGGUUCCUGCCCACCCAGGCCUCUGGCAUCGAUCCGCUGCGACUCGAGGACAUUGUGAUGGCGGCCAUGGUGCUGGCCGGGGGCCACGCCCUCGCCGGGAUCUGCUUCCUGUGCGAAUUGCUGCUACAUUAA